AUGAUUCCCGAUAAAUUACUUGAUUAUCAAUAUGAAUUAAAAUCAUUAGCAGAUGAUUUUCACCCAACAAAACAAAGGAAUCUGUCCGAUAACGACACCCAUGUUCGCACACAAAGUAAGACAACAUUAGACGGUCUUACAGCAGGUGAUACACUCCAUUCUGAUCGUGGUGUAUCAUCAUUGAAACAAUCUCUACGGGAAAUAGAUGAUGUAAUUAAUACUGUCCGGGGUCAAUUUGUUCUUGACAAAGAAGAUUCAACGCUACUUCGUUCUGAUCAAUUCGGUUCAAACACUAGUUUACACAUAGAAGAAAAUAGUCCUAAUCAUAUCGCACAGUCACCAUCAAUGGAUUAUCAUCAAUAUCAUUUGUCACGUAUGCCACCCUCGUAUCCAUCCUACACAUCAGCAUCAGGUUUUAAUCAAAUCGAUAAUCAUCGAGAUCCACGUUAUAUGGAUUCCUAUGGACGUUCGAUACCUAAUCCAUUACCAGCAAUCUUUCGUACUGCAGCCAUGACUUCAAAUACACCAAUGUCAUCGAAUUCAAAUCGAGGACAGCCAUUCAAUUAUCGUCCACCACCGCCACCAUCUUACAGUACAUACGAUACACCACGUAAUUACAAUAUGAACACGAUGUCAAGUGGCUAUAUUUCGGAUACAAACGAUGUUCAACGUUCGUCGAUUUCUCUUCGUCCAAUGGUCGGAUCCGGAUCAAAUUCAAAUAUCCGCCGUGUUGGUACUACACAACCACAACCACCACCACAAUCAUACUACACAUCGUCACCAGCAACACAAUAUAGAACAAAGAUUAUUUCAAGUAAUGAUCAAAGCUAUCACAGUGAUUCGGAAUGUGUUGGUCCUGGUCCGCGUUACACGAAAAUUAGUCGUCAAGCGAUUCCCAAUCGUCGGCCUAGUAAUGUUGUUUUACCAAUACGUUCAAUGACAAGCAAAGCUUACGAUGAAUAUGUACCACCUGAACCGCCGAGGCCACAACAACCACCAUUUGAUCUCUAUCGUUAUCAACAAGAACAACAACAACGUCUUGAACGAGAACAACGUGAACGAGAGCGGCAAGAGCAAUUACAACGACAACUAUACGAACAACAACAAGCUGCUGCUGCUGCUGCUGCUCAACUCAGAGCGCAGGAACAACGACGAAAAUCCGAUACGAGUAUCGAUCAUGAAAUUGGUGCUGAAUUGCUCAAAUCACCUAUUGCUAAUAAGAAACGUUAUGCUGACUCAAGUUUCUUCAGUACUCCAUUCAAUACUUAUCCAACUAUAGAAGAACAGAAGAAAAUGGCACGCAAAAUUGCUUCCAUACUCGAGGGAGGCGAUCCAACACAAAAAGGUGCCACUAAAUUUGAAAAACAACGUCAACGAGCAGAAAAGUACACUAUCGAAGGUGAAGCGACAACGCCAACAAUCAGUACAAGUAAUUUUCGACCAUUAAAUCCAAUCCAAACAAAUCCUUCAUCAUUCUCCAAUCAUCAACCACCGAGUUAUGAUCCAACCAAUGUGCCUGACUAUACGUANACUAAAUUUGAAAAACAACGUCAACGAGCAGAAAAGUACACUAUCGAAGGUGAAGCGACAACGCCAACAAUCAGUACAAGUAAUUUUCGACCAUUAAAUCCAAUCCAAUCUAAUCAUUCAUCAUUCUCCAAUCAUCAACCACCGAGUUAUGAUCCAACCAAUGUGCCUGACUGUAUCAAAAAUAGUCUAGAUCAAGCUCAAUAUAUGAAUCCAUUGCGAUACGUAGGUGCACCUGCUGAUUUCAAACAAAGACACAUGCAGGAACAUGUGACACAUACGAACGUUCCACCACAAGCGGCAAUGAGUAUAGUUAAUGAUCUGAUGAAUAAUCGUGGCAAAGGUGCUGCGUUGUUUCAAAAACGUAAAGCUCGCUCAGAAAAAUGGGUAGUGGAUGAAAAUAAUGUAAAAAAAUCCGGCUAUAAACCACAAACGCCAUCCUAUCUUAGCGAAACAACUAAACCAUGGGGGCAACAUGCACCAGCGUCUUGGUCUGGUGACGAAGGAACAUACUCUGGGCCAAGUUAUACACCAACUCGGCCGAAGUUUAAUCCUCCACCACCGGAAACAUCUUCCGUAUCUGAAUCGAUUCUAUCACCUCCACCGACACAAAAUGUUCCCCGGUUCGGCGAUUUCAAUGCUAAACCCAAAGGUUUUGGUAGUUGGAAUGCUGAAAAUAUAGCACCACAAACACCACGUUCAGCUAGCGACUCACGAAAGCCAGCCAAUCUAAACAUGGAGCCAAGUAUUCGCGAAGCAGGUAUUGCCGAGUCGCAUAUGCGAACUGCCUCUCAACCAUGGUCACCUUCAGCUAAUUCACAAUCGGUACUCUCUCCGACGCAACAACAAACGAACGACUUCUUUACUUUUCCAUCAUCGAAUGCUCUUUCAAAAUGGAAAAAUCAAGAAUAUUCACCGUGGAAUCAGUCGUACUCUCAAGAACAACAACAAUCGCAAAUCCCAAUGACUCGCGAUGGCGUUGAUCAGUUGCGUCAACGACUAACUCAGCAAGCCCCAUCGGCAGGAAAUCAGUCUUAUCAAUCGCACUCUUCCUUCAAUCCACGUAAUGAACCUAGUGUUGCUUAUCAUCCGUAUUCUUCAUCAUCGCAAGGAUCAGGACAACAGUACCAUUUUACUGAUCUCUAA